AUGACGCCGCAACUACCCAACGAGGAUGCUGUGGCCAUUGCGACGGACUUUUUCCACUCGCUUGACAAUGUCUCGAACGAGGUCGAACAUAUCUUGAAAGAGAUUGCUUACAAAGACGAACGGAUGGCCGAGAUCCAGACUCGUCUCAACCAGCGUACCACCGCCGUCCUCCGUAAUGCUAAAAACAACCACCCAUCAACCCCUAACGGUGCCAACCAAAGUGGUACUUCCUUGAACCCUCUCUCCGCAAAGGACCACCAGGCCUACGCAAAGAUCACCGCCGAAUGGAACAAGAUAGAUCUCAUCCAAUCGGAAAAGACGGCCCUGGCCACCCGCCUCGUCUCGAUCGUCACUCGGCAUAAAGAACGAGGGAGGGAAGAGUACAAGAAGAUCGCUGGCGAGGAAGUCGUCGAAGGGUUGAUCAAGGCCGAGAGGGAGGUGGAUCUGACGAACCCGACCGGGCUGGCCCAGAUGGUCAACCAGUAUACGGGUGGCGUGGGGAUGAUCGUACCCGGUUCGAGCACGGGUGCGGGAACGGCGGGAGGAUUAGGGUUGAACGGGCCUGGGUUGGGCGGACAGGGGGGUUCGCAGAGGGGUUCGAUGGGACCGGGGGCGAUCUCGGUUGUCACUGCCGCAGACGAGCGUUCUACCAAGAAACGGAAAUCCACUCAUCUGUCUGGCACCGUCACCCCAUCUUAUCACGACAUGCCUCCUCCUGCCCUGCCAUCCUUGCAUCUUCCCGCCUCGCACGCUCACUCAUCUAUCAACCUCUCUCCUGCUCUGCACUCCGGCGCGCCCUCGUACCAUCAACACAUCCCCGUCUCUUCCCGCAGCGCGAAUCCGGGCCGUAAGAACCGACUUCCAAGUCAAACGCCAGAGGUGGAAGUCGAUGUCGAGGUCGAUAUGGAUGCCGAGGGCGAGGCCGAGGAGAACGGAGACGAUAACGCGCUCUACUGUUUCUGCCAGGAAAAGAGUUGGGGCGAGAUGAUCGGGUGCGACAAUCAGGAGUGCAGGUUCGAAUGGUUCCAUCUCAGGUGUGUCAAGCUCGAUCCUCCUCUACCAGAGACUUGGUACUGUCCCGAUUGCGUCGCCGUACUCGGCCUCGAGGACAGCAACGGGAAACCCAAACAGAAACAGAAGGGGAGGAAAAAGUAG